AGGCUUACCAGUCUCACAGGUGUUUUCACACCUAAUCUAAGUACUUAUUUUACAUUUAAAUUCUGCCUUAUACUUGCCAUUAGGCAGUGUCCAGCGUUUAGAUGAGACUAGUAUUUUUAAGGAAUAUAUAUUUAGUUAAAGCAGAGAAAUUUGAAUGUUAUAAUCAAUGUUAUUACUGUGUCAGCUCUCUUUGGCAAGACAUUUAGUAUAAUAGGAUAAGAGACUCGCAUAUUUUGUAACGAAAUGAAGGAAAAAGAACCAGAAUUAUUAGAACUAUAUCGUACUAAGGAAACAAAUUCCCACCUUUUUUAGAAAUUGGAGUAUAACUACCUGCUUGGUUAUUGAGAACACAGAAAUUUAACAUAGGUUCAUAGUAAACUGAAAGAGUGGAGAUAAGUAUAAUGGAAAGUUAGAUUUAAAGUUGCAUCGGGCAUUUAUAAAAAAAGUAAAAGUGAAUUUAAACCCGUCAAUGGUAGAGUCUUAUCCCUCCACCGCCCACCCCACCCCCGCAAGGAACACCAGUUGGAAACCCCAGCGCCUCCAAGAGCCUUUGGCAUCUGGGGGCUGGAAGCGGCGGAACGAAAGGCAGGCGUUCUUCGGUUGCUGGGGCGGACUUGGACCCAAUCUGUCCGUCCUUUCAAGUUUCCCCCAUGGCUGAGACCAAGGCGUGCGGCGAGUUCAGGUUCUCCGGCACCGUAGUGGUCGUCGUCGGCCCAAGUUAGAGGCCAACUGAGAAAUCUUCGUGCCUCAGAUUUGUUGACCUACAGAAUGCUUCGAUACCCAUAUUUCUGUAGAACCUGUAAAGAAUUUCUUUCAUGCUGGUUGGAAGCUGGCAUAUUUAAUUUAGGUGUCUGGCCAAAAAAGAUACAUGCUACAGCAGAAAGGUAUGAUGAAUACGAAGCCCAAGAGCAAACAGAUCAAACUGGAGCUCAAGAGUUACACAGAUCUCAAGAUAGAGAUUUUGAAGCUAUGGCUAAAUUACAUAUUCCAGUAAUGGUGGAUGAAGUUGUUCAUUGUUUGGCACCACAAAAAGGGCAGAUUUUUCUAGAUAUGACAUUUGGUUCAGGAGGACACACAAGAGCCAUUCUACAGAAGGAGUCAAAUAUUACUCUUUAUGCCUUAGACAGAGACCCGACAGCUCAUGUAAUAGCUCAACAGCUCUCAGAAUUGUAUCCUAAACAGAUCCGAGCUAUACUAGGCCAGUUUAGCCAGGCAGAAGCCUUAUUAAUGAAUGCUGGAGUGCAGCCAGGGACUUUGGAUGGAGUCCUUUUGGAUCUCGGAUGUUCCUCCAUGCAACUCGAUGCUCCUGAAAGAGGUUUUUCCCUUCGGAAGGAUGGCCCCUUGGACAUGAGAAUGGAUGGUGACAGGUACCCUGACAUGCCCACCGCAGCUGAUGUUGUGAACGCUUUAGAUCAACAGGCACUUGCAUCCAUCCUGAGAGCAUACGGGGAGGAGAAGCAUGCCAAGAAAAUAGCUUCAGCAAUCGUUCAGGCACGCAGCAUCUAUCCUGUUACCAGAACCCAGCAGCUUGCCAGCAUCGUCGCAGGUGCAUUUCCUCCUUCUGCUACAUAUGCACGAAAAGACUUGCUACACCGAUCUACCCAUAUUGCUACCAAGACUUUCCAAGCUUUUCGCAUAUUUGUGAACAAUGAACUCAAUGAACUUUACACUGGACUGAAGACAGCUCAGAAGUUUCUGAGACCUGGUGGUCGCCUUGUCGCCCUCUCCUUCCAUUCACUAGAGGAUCGCAUUGUCAAACGAUUCUUGCUUGGGAUAAGCAUGACGGAAAAGUUUAACUUAAGUGCUAGACAGAAGGUGAUACAAACACCACAAUUGGAUUCAGGUCAUGAAAACAAGGAAGGAGUCUCUGUAGGAAGGGCCCCUUUAAUGUGGAAAUUGAUACACAAGAAGGUACUUACUCCAGAAGAUCAGGAUGUACAGGAUAACCCCAGAGGGCGCUCAGCCAAGCUUAGAGCAGCUAUCAAAUUAUGAGAAAGUCAUUAUCAUCUGAUUCUUCAAGUUUUUCAUCACAGUUUCUAUUUAUUUUUUGCAUGCACUAUUCCUAAACAACUUAAUACAAAAAAAUAUAUGAUAUAUGAUAUAUAUUAUAUAUAGAUAUAGAUACAUAUCUAUAUAUCUAUAUGAUAUCUAUAUCUAUAUAUAGAUAUGUACUACAUAUAUGUGGAAAUUGAAGUUAUUUAGAAUUUUUUUUCCUCCAACAGAAAAUGCAGGAAAUAUUAGCAUGACACAGAAAGUUCAACUCAAAGAGCAGCAGCAUCUCAAAAUUGGAUUAAUGUGUUUAUCUUAGCAUUAUGUUUGACUUUUGAAAUGUCCUAUCUCUAACCAGGAAAUUAAAAAAAAAAAGAAUAAUGUGUGCAUUUAACUAUGUAA